GUAACAGAUUUCCAAGCUCACUUCCCUUGUUCAUCGUCCAAAAUUUGCUCACUGGGUGUUGCGAGCUUGGUUUUCUCAACUAAAAGCUUUAACACGAGGAGUUGGCUGCAGCCAUGCGGGUGUUUCUGUUGUUCGCAGUAACGGUGCUUUGUCUAUGCCCGGCGGCGGUGAGCGGAGCCGAGAAGAAGAAGCUGCAGAUCGGCAUCAAGAAGCGAGUGGACAACUGCCCCAUCAAGUCCCGCAAAGGAGACGUGCUGAACAUGCACUACACGGGCAAGCUGGAGGACGGCACCGAGUUUGACAGCAGCAUUCCUCGCGGCAAUCCCUUCACCUUCACCUUGGGCACCGGGCAGGUGAUCAAAGGCUGGGACCAGGGCCUGCUGGGCAUGUGCGAGGGCGAGAAGAGGAAGCUGGUCAUCCCCGCCGAGCUGGGCUACGGGGAUCGGGGAGCUCCUCCGAAGAUCCCCGGAGGGGCGACGCUCGUCUUCGAAGUGGAGCUGCUCAGCAUCGAGAGGAGAUCCGAGCUUUGAUGAAGAAGAGAAAGAAUAACACGUUCCAAGAACUGCUGCAGCAUUUAGUUCAUCUGACUUCUGAUGAAGACUACAUGGCAAAUCUGAGAAUAGAGUUGGCACCUCCAGCAUAGCCACUGUCCUCCUUUCAAUGGCUCUGCUUGUUAUGAUGUGAUUUAUUGGACUGAAAUUAUGUGAUUCAAGAAGUGACUGUAUGUCCUUGUUAAAUAUUAGAGGAACAAUUGGUCACCCUGUGAGCCCAUUAUUUGACCGGGGGCUGAUCAUCUAACCUUUACUUGUAAUUUUCUGUGAUUUAUAAGCAGGUUCAUUCAUAUUAGUAGGCUACAUUUUUACAAAAUUGUUUAGAUUGUUAAUUUAGUCAGAAAUCAGGCAGAGGCAGAUUAGGACAAAUGUUUUUGUUCACAAUGUUUGAUUUCUGAUAAUAAAACAUUAACCUUA